AAUAGGUGGUUUUGCACAAAUCUGUUCUUCUUUUUUGUUCCUAGGUUUGUGCCUGGAACUGGAAGUGUCUUCAAUAAUCCAAAUCACUUAUUUCCUGUGGGAUGUUUCAUGCAGCUGAAAAUGCAAAUAAAGUUCUGGAGGGAGAGAUGCUCCAAAUGACUUUGUCAAAACCAAAGAAUCUGAAUGCUCAGCAUCUAAGAGCAGUGACCAUAGUUCCUUUAAGGUCAGGUUUCCAGCCUGUAAUUCAGACCCUGAGAGAAUUGUGUAGUGCACAAGGGUGGUCCUUAACCCGUCUUUCCAUUUAUUUUCUGUAUCUGUUUAGUUCCCCUACCAUUUCCAGGAUAGAAAUGCUUUUGUGAUAUCAUCAAUAAUGUCUGAGCAAGGAGAUCUUAUGCAAACCGUAUUUGUUAGUAGGAGUUUGAUCUUAUCAUCAAGAUUUUGUACUUUAAUAUCUUGGUACUAUAUCUACUGUUUAAUUUGUAUUAUUUGAACUGUACAGAUCAAUUAAAAACGUAAUUGGUUG